UCCGUCCUCGCCGCGGCCGCUCGCCGUGCAUGAUGGAAACACCAUGGCUUCGGCGGCCCAGCUCUCCCUGACCCAGUUGUCAAGUGGAAACCCAGUCUAUGAAAAAUUCUAUCGACAGGUAGACACAAACAAUGUUGGAAGGGUGCUGGCAUCAGAUGCUGCAGCUUUUCUGAAAAAAUCGGGUCUUCCAGACCUGAUCCUUGGAAAGAUCUGGGACUUGGCGGAUACAGAUGGCAAAGGUAUCCUGAACAAGCAGGAAUUCUUUGUUGCUUUGAGACUCGUGGCCUGUGCACAAAAUGGACUGGAUGUGUCCCUGAGCAGCCUUCAUUUGGCUGUCCCUCCACCUCGAUUUCGUGAUUCAAGCAGCCCGUUGCUGCUCAGCGGACCAGCAUCACCCGAGCUGCCGUGGGCUAUCAAAUCGGAAGAGAAGGCCAAAUAUGAUUCAAUUUUUGACAGCCUUAACCCUGUGAGUGGAUUAUUAUCUGGCGAGAAGGUGAAGCCGGUGCUGCUCAACUCCAAGCUGCCUGUGGAUAUCCUUGGGAGAGUUUGGGAGUUAAGUGAUAUUGACCACGAUGGAAUGCUGGACAGAGAUGAGUUUGCCGUUGCCAUGUUUCUGGUGUACUGUGCCCUGGAGAAGGAGCCUGUGCCAAUGUCCUUGCCGCCAGCCUUGGUGCCACCUUCAAAGAGAAGAAUGGUCAGUGCCUCAGCCUCGAAGCGGCCGAUGCCUUCCAUAGCACCUGCCAGGGAGCCCCGCCGGGCCUCGCCACCGGCAGGCAUCUUACCUGCCAGAGCGGUGACACAGUGGGUUGUAUCACCUGCGGAAAAGGCAAAAUAUGAUGAGAUAUUCCUGAAGACCGAUAAGGACAUGGAUGGCUUUGUGUCUGGGUUUGAAGUCCGAGAGAUCUUCCUCAAGACAGGAUUACCAUCUGCUUUACUAGCGCACAUCUGGGCACUGUGCGACACAAAGGACUGUGGGAAACUUUCCAAGGAACAGUUUGCCCUGGCUUUUUACUUCAUUAAUCAGAAGUUGACCAAGGGCAUCGAUCCUCCUCAGAAUCUUUCUGCCGAGAUGAUCCCACCGUCAGACAGGGCCAGUCUGCAGAAGAGCUUUGUAGGCUCGAGUCCAGUGGCUGAUUUUUCUGCUAUUAAGGAACUCGAUUCCCUGAACAACGAAAUAAUGGAUCUGCAGAGGGAAAAGAGCAGCGUGGAGCAGGAUCUCAAGGAGAAGGAAGAGCACGUCAGACAGAGGACCAGCGAGGUCCAGGACCUUCAAGAUGAAGUCAAGAGGGAGAGCUCCAAUCUGCAGAAGCUGCAAGCCCAGAAGCAGGAAGUGCAGGAGAUCCUGAACGGGCUUGAUGAGCAGAAGGCCACGCUGGAGGAGCAGCUGAAUGACGUCAGGCAGCAGUGCGCCCAGGAGGCCCACCUGAUUUCUUCUCUGAAAGCUGAAUUAACAAGCCAGGAAUCUCAGAUCUCCACUUACGAAGAGGAGCUGACCAAGGCGCGAGAGGAGCUGAGCCGCCUGCAGCGUGAGACGGCCGAGCUGGAGGAGAGUGUGGAGGCGGGCAGGGCCCAGCUGGGUCCCCUGCAGCAGCAUCUGCAAGAGUCACAGCAGGAAGUCACCUCGAUGCAGGUCAGACUGACCGAGAUGAAGGAGCUCCACAACCCCAGCAGUCAGGAGAGCUGGCGCCAGAGCCCCCCCGGCAGCCUGGUCAACGGUGCUGCUGAGUACUGUAGCCUCAGCAACAGCAGCAGUGAGGUGGCCAACCUUCACGAGCACUCGGACACCCCGAGCACUCUGGACACGGAGCCGGUGGUCCAGGAGUCUCCGGUCAGAAGCAGUCCUGAAGUUCCUUCCUCCGAGGUAGCCGAUGAAAAGGAAGGGGAGACUCCCGCAGCACCUGAAAAAGAAGAUUUCUUUAAUUUAGACUCGAGCUCCCUAUCUGAUACUGCUGUGGAACCGAAUCUGGAUUUCUUCCAGUCGGACCCUUUCGUUGGUCGGGACCCUUUUAAGGAUGAUCCUUUUGGGAAAAUAGAUCCGUUUGGAGGUGACCCCUUCAAAGGGUCAGACCCAUUUGCUGCCGACUGUUUCUUCAAGCCAUCUGUGACUGAUCUUUUUGCUUCCUCGGAUCUUGACCCCUUCUCUGCAGUCAGCAGUGGCAGUGACCCCUCGAUGGAGACCCUGAAGGACAACGACCCUUUCGCACCUGGAGGAACAGUUGUUGCUGCAGCAAGUGAUCCAGCUGUGGAUCCCUUCACAUCUGUGUUUGGAAGUGACUCCGAUGAAGGUGGAUUCGCUGACUUCAGUGCCCUGGCCCAGGACAACAAGGAGGACCCAUUUGUCCCGGCCACAUCCGGCUCUGCUGACAACGUGGCCACAACUCAGAGUGUGUUUGAGGAGCCACCUCCGGUCAGAGAUGAAGACGUGCCCCCUGCUCUGCCUCCCAAAACCGGGACCCCGACCCGGCCCUGCCCUCCCCCACCUGGGAAAAGGUCUCUCAGCCAGUUGGAUUCUUCCGAUUCCCUAAAACUGAAUGACCCAUUUCAGCCUGUCGCAGGCAAUGGUAGCCCCACAGAGAAAGCUCUCGAUCUGUACCGCAGCCCGCACAUCACUGCUUCCGCCACCGCUGCCCAUAACGAGGCUGCCUCAGGCUGCGGUGCUAACGUCAGCGCUUAUCCAACUGAAGAAGAUAUGAUUGAAUGGGUGAAGAGGGAAAGUGAGAGGGAGGAGAAAGAGAGGCUUGCCAGGCUAAGCCAGCAGGAGCAGGAGGACUUGGAACUGGCCAUCGCCCUGAGUAAAUCAGAGAUAUCAGAAGCGUGAAAGGCAAGGACGACACCGCCAGCAGCAUCCCUGCUCCGGAACACCAAAGUGCAGGGGAAAUGAUUACUGGAAGCUACCUAGGAGCAUGAGACUGUAGGCGGGGCCCGACAUCUGGCAGCAUUCGCCUGGGCUGCUUUGAAAGUGUCAGAUCAGAACCCCAGAACGUGCCCUUUCCCUUUACCCAGAGAUGAGCUCCCCUUGUGGCCACGUCCGACCUUUGUCCUCAGCAAGGCCAGGGGCUCCUAGGGCCGCUGUGGUCUGAAGGAGGUGGGGUGGGCAAUGCCUUCUGUUCUCGGAGGACUAGCCUGCUAUGCACACUGCAGUGUGGAAGGUGAAGUUGCAUGUUUCCAUUUUCUCCUUAUAAAAGUCAUGGGCAGCUUUGGUUUUCUUCUGGACCAGGGGAGAGCCCUGCUUAGCUAGACUCAUACCCUGGACUCAUACCCAUGGCUGGUAGCCAUGGGGCAUGACUUCAGAUUGGCUCUCUUCCAAAAUGCUUAUGUGGGAAAUAGGUCAAAAUCCCUGCUUAACAUCAGAGACCUCCCUCUCCAUGUUUGUAACCACAAAGGUGGAGAAAGACCAUUGUUUCGAGAGGUUACCCCAUCCAUCAGUUCUGAGCAGAAACCUUAAUUAACAUGGUGAUAAUUCUCCCCUUCCCAGGACACACACCAUUGGCUCUAUUCAUCACAGGUUUUCAAAACCUCCUAUACCUUUGGCCAGAAGGAGCUUGAGCAAGCCGGGGCUGUUAAGAUACUUUAUUAUCUGUGUACAAAUGUUUUCUUUCGUGAAGGUUCCACUUGACUUGCCAUGGAGUACAAGUGGGCAGAGGAAAUCUGUCUCAUUAAAACCUCAGUGAGGCUUGGAGGGAGUUUGGUUAGCUCUUCUCUCCUCUAAUGAUUUCCCCGAGAAAAGCUGGUGAGGCCAGCAGGGUUGUCUGGAGCUCAGGCAGCCACAAGGCCCCAGCCCUUUCCAAUGGGGAGCCCCUCUCCUAUGUGAAGCAAGUCCCCAGGCGCAUCCCAGAGGGCAGUGGCUCUGCCCUAGGGCACCCUGUAGACUUCAACAGAAAGAUGAAAUAACUUUUGGCUUUUUUUCCUAACAACUUAUUAACUGUUCGUGUCACGUCUCAAAGGCCAGGGUACAAAAAUGGUACCUCAGACCCAUGUUAAGCUCCCAGCAGCCUCCAGGUGGAGGUCACAUUGACAUGUAUUCAUGAAAGUGGCUCCUCUCCUACCCGUGCACUUCAUCUGCUUGUUAAAAGACCUGCUUAGCUUAAUUUUUGAGCUGCCCUGCUCCCCUGUGGCUCCCCCAGCCCCAACACAGUUGGCCUCUCGUGAGGGCAGACCUGUUAAAUCACUAGCCACCAUACCUGCUUUGUAAAUAGAAUUGUUUCCAGGUGGGACCCUCCGGCUGAAAUGAGAACUGUUGCCCCCCCCCCCCAAGGCUCAGAGCUCCCCGCUGAGGCUGCCCCAAGGGCUGUUAAGGGGGGGUGACCUUUAGGUGGGUGGUGAGCACUCUCCUCCCUCCCCCCCCUUGUUAUUUCAGGAAAACAGGUAAGUUGACUUGAACAACCUUCUUUUGCACUGGGAAAAUGAACAGCGUUACAGCUGCUCAACCAAUAGGAACCUUUGGUAAGGACUCAGUCCCUCUGCUGUGUCUAUACCAACUUGGAUGUCUUCAGUGUACACUAAUCUGACAUGUUUAACUGGACUACAUCGACUCUGAGCUUUUGUUUUAAAAUGUACACUCAGUGGACCAAUAUGUUAUGAAAAGUGUAUAUAUUCUGUAUGUGCGUGUGUGCGCGCGCGUGUGUAUUCUUGCUCUCACGUCUGGUGUUACAGUCAGGGAGUCUCCUGGUGGUCAGUUUCAGGUUCUUGACGUGUGCUGUGGUGUCCACCACACUUGAAGGCAAGAUCGGCCCCUGCUGGGCAUUUCAGGUGGGCUUAGGCUCUGUUUAUAGGAUUUUCUCCUUUGUCUCCAAACUUCUAAACUAUAGCUUGUAAUUAUGAGGAAAUAAACUUUAAAUAUAUAACAAAGCA